AAGCUUAAGCGAGCAACUCGUGUUUUGUUUGGUGCAGCGUCGCCGAUUCGCCCAAAUUAAUUCUCUUUUCUAAGUGCGCAAAAAGUUCUUCAAAACUUACUAUAUAAAUUGCUUAAAGCACAGCUUGGAAUCCUCUUGUGUCACGUAAUACGUAUACGACGUCAAUGACCGUUUGAUCGAAAAGAGGAGUAGAUGUCGAUCAAACACCACUUGGAAUUAAUACAAUGAGUAUGUUCAGGUCCAACAAUAAUUUCAUGAGCGGGAAAAUGUCUGGACUUUCGCCUAAGAAAAACUAUUACAUUAAGCAGCAAUUAGCCUACACCGAAGAUCAUGUGCUGAUUAAGAAUCUCUUUUUAUCGAGCAUUUCACAGGGGCUGGAGCAGCAGCAGCUACGAGAUUAUUUCGGGGGAUUUGGACGCGUUUUACGCUUGCAUCUGUUUUCGAGUGGAAGAAGAAUAAAAACAAAAACUGGAUAUGUUGCCUUUGCGAAUCCUCGUCAUGCUGCCAAGGUAUUGCAGCGCAAGGUUCACUAUGUAAAUGAAUUCCGUUUUUGUGUGCAGCCCAGUGAUAGCUGGCAUCAACCCGAUGUCCAGAAAAAGUCUCAUAACCGGGGCAAUAUAAGUCCCAAUGAGACCCCGGCGGAAAUUAUGAAACUAAACGAUCAUUGCCUGGAGCAUAUACUCAGUCAUUUAUCAUUGCCCGACCGCAUUCACUUUGCACGCACCUGCACUCGUUUCCGUAACAUUUAUGAGGGAAUGUCUCCGACGCUGGACAAAUCUAUUCAAUUUCAUGUAUUCGAGGAAAUGACUGCAUGGGAUUUGCGUGAUUUCUUUCAACUAUCCGGACGCCAUGUAAAGCAAAUUGAAGGGAUUAUUCCACAGCGUCACUGUAAGCGAGUGUGCAACUUUCUUGGCACGCAUUGUAUUAAUUUGCAGUCAUUGAGAAUCCUAUCCAACAAAUUAACAUCGGAGAACACAUUUCAAAUGUUUGCUAAUCUGAAUAGUCUUAAAAGUCUGGAAUUACGUGGAUGCAAUCUCACCAAUCAGAAUCUGCAAGCACUCAGACAAUUAAACCAGCUCAAGAAACUGGAUCUUUCCAAUAAUGAGAGGUUGACUGGAGCUCAUAUGAAUUGUUUACCGGAUUCUAUUGAAUCGCUAACAUUGAACAACUGUAGACUAAAGCCGGAACUGAUAAAUCGAAUGCUUGGCAGGCUAAUACUACUUAAGGAAUUGCACACGAAUUGUAUCCACGUAUCUGCAGGUAUCGAGCAAAUUGUCAACGAAAAAUGCUGUGAAUCUCUGGAGGUUCUCUCCAUUACCUGCAGUGAUUUCGGGCUUACUGAGUAUAAGCACAUUGCAAGGUUGCCAAGUCUUAAGAAACUAAUAUUGAACAUCUUUCGUGAUGUGAAUGCGAUUCCUCCAAUGCUAAUGCAAUGGCUGGUGGAGCAUAAAUCCAUGCAGUUGGAACAUUUGGAAAUACGUACUCCAAACUGCAUUAAUGCCGAGACCCUUGUGGAUAUUGGUAAACUAAACGCAUUGCGUACUCUGUAUUUGCCACAGAACGAUGUGAUCAACGAUCGUGCAUUAGAGGCCCUAUUCACUUUACAUAAUUUAGAGGAAAUCAAUAUGAAAUAUUGUAUGAAUAUGACUGAAAAUGGUGUACUCCGACUGAUACUUGCCUGCCCCAAACUGCAAGUGUUACAUCUCGAGGGUUGCGUCAGAAUCACCGACAAGCUUCUUAAUGAUAUUAUUUCAAAAUUACAAACAAAUCAUUAUCAUCGUCCGCUUCCAAUUAAAAUAAAUAUGUCAGGCACCCAUGACAGUCAAUUAACAAUACCAAAUGGGGAUGUGGAUGCCAAAAAUAUAAUCAAUGUAUCAUAUACGGUUCCAUCAGCGUUUGAUGCAGACUUUUUUCAUAUAUUCAAUCUUGAUGAUGAUGAUGAUGACUUUGAUAGUUAUGAUUCGGAUUUUUCAUACGACUCGGAGACCGAUUAUUAUGGAAAUUUCUGGAGCGACGAGGAAUUCGAGGAUGAUCGCGGCGAUUUUGACGACUUAUAUGACCUCGGCUUUAAUUUUGAUUAAGUAAUAUAAUUCAGAUUACUACAAUUCUGAAAUCAUUGUGAUUUUGUUUUUUGUUUAUCAUUCUGGAACACAAUGUUGUUUUUAUGAAUUAUGAAUAUAUUGAUAAUAAAUACAAAUAUGAAAAUUAAA